GAAACUUACCAGAGAAGGUCGAUUAUCCGUUAAACCAUCGAGUGACGCUUCCAACUUGCACUUUGUCGAGGUCGACCGUGCUCGCAGCACCAAGCUCUCUGACGAGCCAAUGGUCGAUAUUCUCGAUGGUGUCGGAAUGCCUCAGAAUUGGUUGGGAGAUAGGAUGGCGUAUCUUGGUAGUUUUCCGUUUCCUUCAGGCAUCACGUUCACAAAUCCAGGCCACAAGGCUCCCUCGGCCGAAAUGACUCUAAUAUCGUCUGACAUACCACCACGUCAUCCGACGAGGCGUGAAUUUAAGCAGCAACAAUCACACGCUUGGCCCUCACUCAAAAGAUGCCGGGGCUUGGACGCCGGCGAGGCUCAAAUCGACCUAAACAUCAUCCACAUGGAUUCUUUCACCACCAUCUCUAACACCUCCAACAUCCCCACCAACUCCGAUGACGGUGGCAGCGGAAACAACGCUUACUGCGUUAUUGCCUGA